UCGGAAUGGCGGAGGUGUUCGAAUGGGCUCCAAGGGCCAACGCCACAGUCGUGUAGACAUUUUCCACCAGGGCUAUGCAGCGCCACUGGAGGCCUUUCCCCGGCCAACCACGUUCCUAGAGCAGCAGGACAGGAGCCUUGUGUCCCUGCGGAGGCAGCCGGCAAAGAUGGCAACCCAGUCCCACACAGGUGGUGAGAUAUCAGUUGAGCAACUGCUGGCACUUUAUGGGUACAAGAUGCCUGAUCCUGUCCUGCAGCAACAACGGGAGCCUAAUGAGCUGGCAGCCAGUCUGCCUGAAACAACACUAGAUGAGGUUCAGAUAGGCAAAGACCUCUUCUCAGAUGAGGUGGAUAAAAGCAACCGUUCCUCUGCUGAUGACAUCGCACUGUCUGUCACGUCUCACACAUCUGACCUCUUACAAUGUCACUUACGAGGUGAUGACAAAGACACUUCAGUCAGCUCAUCAGAAGACGACUCAGAAAGCACCUCGAUCCCCUCCAGCGAUGGACGCAAGGACAUCAUGGUGGGCUCUCAAUAUCAGGCUACAAUUCCUUCUCUCUCCUCAAACACUUUUAAUGAAAGAGCCUAUGAGAAUGAGGACCAGUUGUUGUGGACCCCCGGUGUGCUGUCCAUUCCAGCUGUGGAGGAAUUUUUGCUUGAGGUCCAGAGAAGAGGGAGUGAAAAUGGAGCUAUAAACACUUUGACCACAGGAGACACAGUCAAAGAUAAUGAGCAGGCUCUUUAUGAACUGGUGAAAUGCAACUUCAAUGCAGAAGAGGCACUUAGAAGAUAUCGCUUCAAUGUGAAAGUUUUCAAUGAAGAGCUUUGUGCCUGGAGCCAGGAGGAGUGUCGAAACUUUGAGCAUGGUUACCGUGUCCAUGGGAAGAACUUUCACCUUAUACAGGCCAACAAGGUCCGCACGCGCUCAGUGGGUGAGUGUGUAGAGUACUACUACAUGUGGAAGAAAUCUGAACAGCAUGAGUAUUUCACACAGCAGGCCACCAGGCUGGGGCGGAAAAAGUGCAAUUUGCCAUCUGGAAACAUAGAGGAUGCUGAGCCAGAUGGAGAUAUUGGUGAGGUGAAAGGUGCCACUCGAGGUUUGCUUAGUAGGUCGUCCAUUCAACAAACUCCAUUACCUUCUCCAGUCAUGCAGCUGAAUAAACAAGAGGAGAACCUGAAUUGUGCAGCUCAGUUUCAGGGUCGUCCACGACGGAAACGCACGCCACGCUUCCUCUUAAAGCCCUGAGCUUGCUGCGCUUUGACAGCCUAAAACUGACAGGCACACAGGUUCUAAGCGAGACAUUGGGGAGAUGGAACUAUGUGCAGAUUCUUGCUCUAGCCCACAGGGGGAGCAAAUGUUCAGCCAAUUUUCACCACUCCCACCAGCUCUCCAGACUCCUGUCACAGAUUGUUCAGACCUGGCCUCCCUGUCCACUCAGCUUUACUUCUCCCCACUGUCCUGUAACCACACCAUCCCUUCCUCCCAGCCAGACUCAGGGCUCCCGGAAGCAGGUCUUUAUCAGCUGCAGCUGGGCUCUUUUCCUGGUGACGUUGUACCUACCAAGUAUGUUGCCUCGAGAAGGCUUCAGCUUGACUUUUCGUUACCUUCCUCACCUGUCCGGUCCCCUGUUACCCCAUCCAUUGCCGUCCCAGAUUUUGGGGUUAUCAGCAGCCUCUUCUGCCCAUCCUCCACCAUCUGCUCCACGCCCAUCCAACACUCUCAGUCCCUCGCAUAGUGACUCAACAAUGGACAACAUUCCAGAUCUAAACAAAUGACUCUACCACAUGCAAUGAGAGUGUUUUUUAAUUUAAUAAAUCAAAUUCAUUCUGUUAAACAGGAUAUUUCAACCACUCAUUAUUUAAUCACCCUGAUUUCGUUCCAAACCUGUAUGACUUUCUUUCUUCAUUGGAACACAAAUGAAGGCAGAAUCUUUGCCUUAGUCACCCUUCUCUUUCAUAGGAUCCUUUUUCCAUACUAUGAAAGUGAAUAAUGACUGAGGCUAACAUCCUGGCUAACAGCACCUUUUGUGUUUUUCCCAGAAGAAAGUAAGUCAUAUGAGUUUGGAACAGCAUGAGGGUGAAUCAGUUAUGGCAAUAUUUUAAUUUUUAGGUGAACUAUCCCCCAAAAGUUUAUUUGGAAAGUUGAGAGAUUUUGAAUCCCUUCAAGUUUGAUGGUGGACUUUCAGUAACUGUCAUUGCUUUCAGGAUUUGUUCAUUUCAUUGACCCUUUGUGGGAUUCUGGCUUUUCUGUUGUAGGUUCUUUUUGUGCAAUACAAUCUUGAGUUCCUCAGGGGCUUUGAUCAUUUCCCUCUCGGUCUGGUCCGUCAGUUCAUAAGUAUGUAGUGUUGAAGAGGGUUUUUGAAUGGUUUAAGAUUAUAUGCUCCACAAAUGCUUUGCCAACAAAUAUAAUCCUGAUUUGCCAGUGUAGUAACACCUAAAGGGAUAGUUCACCUAAAAAUUUAGAUUCAGUCAUCAUGGCUGACUUUCAUACGGGUUUGGAACAACAUGAGGGUGAAUAAAUGAUGACAACAUUUUCAAUUUUAGGUGAACUAUCUUUUUAAGUCAAACUCUACUGUGGCUUAUUCACUGUAUUAAGUUUCUCAGGUUUUGCAGCCAACCUUAUUCCCCAGAAUUCUUCACUACAGAGAGACUGGGACCAUCACAUCCACUGUAGUACCUCAUUUGUGACUUGUCAUUUGCUCAAAGUGCCACCAACCAGGACUUUUGUUAUUCACGAUAGAUAACUGCUUAUGUUAUCAUCCGCAUCUCUUUGCAUACAUCUAGUUUCAGUGUGUAUUUUUAUAUAUAUAUAUAUAUAUAUAUAUAUAUAUAUAUAUAUAUAUAUAUAUAUAUGUGUGUGUAUAUUCAGGUUCAGAAGAUAUGAAAAGGAGACAAACACUGUCUUGGCUCAUUUGACCUUAUGUUUUUUUUUUUUUUUUUUUUUUAGCAAUUUAUCUAUUAAUGCUCCUGUUGAUUUAUUGUCCCUGUUAUUAUAUUUUGUAAAUAUUAAUAAUAAUAAAAAAGAU